AUGUUCUUGAUCAGUCAAGGCGUCUCGUUGGACUCGGCUCGCACCCAGGGCAGAACCGGGCUGGACAGUUUCGUCGGGGCUGUGAAGCUCGGGGAUGAGGAAUACAGAUUACUUUCGCGGUUGAUCGAGUGUGGUGGGGUUAUGACUAUUGAUGCGGCCUCGCAAUCCCGGAUAAGCAAGGAAAAUAUGCGCCGUGUGCUUCGUGAGAAUGAAGAAGUGGUUAUCAUUCCUGAUGUUGCAAAAUGCAUCAUUGAAGAGUCCGAAGAAGGCCUACUGCAUGUGCUCCGGUCAGGCAGAGCUUCCGCCAACGACGUUAUUGGGAAAACAACAUUACUGAAACUCGCGAUCGGCUGGAGCAAAGGCGUUCAGAUUCUGCUAGUAGCAGGAUCCGACGUGGACGACUGUUCUCACAUAUCUCCCUUGACACUUGCAAUUCGCGGAGGCUACUACGAGUCGGCGAAAAUAUUACUUCAAGCGGGUUGUCCGUUGAGCUUGGUCGACAUAUCCCAAUCUGAAUCGGCCAGUGGCUGGAACGAAACCACCUCGCUUCUCAUCUCCGAACUAGCAUCCCGGCGCAGGAGAUUACUGAAACUCGCUCAAGCUUAUCUGUCUCAAGAAACCCUUGCUCGGAUUGGAGUGGACAAUGAUUCUUCUGUUCCAGACAUGACUGCAUCACGGAUAUACGAAACGCUGGUGGCCCAAGAUGCACGCAUUGACUCAGCACUCCAAGUCUCCGGUCCUCCACGCUCAGUAUACCAUCACCUUUACCUCCGCACCAGGACCUUAGAUGAGCUAUACGAGGCUGGUUUCGAUAAUGUCGAGCUACUAGAUCCAUCCGGUCGAACUCCUCUGAUGGUGAUGGAUAAAUGGUCGGGACUGCGCAGGAUCACACAGGAAAGAGCCAGAUGGCUUAUUUCAAAAGGCGCCGACCCCUUUCGGCAGGUGCCUGGGACUAAUGCGACAGUUCUUCACCUCAUGGGUAUCUACAGUGCCGAGUGCUUGCAUCCGGAAUUGGUGCAUUCGUUCCUCUUGAAUUUCCAAUCUUUCAAGUCCCAGAACCCUUUGGAAUUUUUGAAGUUCAUGUUCCAGGCAUCGGAGCAGGACAACUGUAUUUGCGCCUGCUCGCCAGGCCGGUGCACUCCGUUCUCCGCAGCGCUACGACAUCUGCUCCAGCACCCGCCCAGGUACUACCAGAUGAAUGGUCCUAAUCGAUUUCCGGAACUGCUUCAUUUUGUCAUUCGCCAAUCUGAAAGGAGUCUCGAAGUGGACCAAGUGGUCAUCCGACUGAUGACUUUUGACGCGCUCGAUCUGAGACAUACGUGCUGUCGGAAAGGAGAUGGUCUGCAUGAUGACUCUAUUGUUUGCGUAGAGGAGACCGAAGUCGAGGAGAUUCGGGACGAAGAGCAUCUGCUUCUAGAAGACUAUGAACGCCUACUCGCUGAGCUCUCAGCCGAUUUUGAGAAAUCUGGGCUUCUCAUCAUGGAAUUCUUGCAGGGCCACUGGUAUCAACGCAUGGUGGAAUUUCUCUCUCGGUUGGAUCCCUAUGAUGAGGAGUACGCGAGAGGUCACCGGAGCCUUGGACUAAAAGUCGAAAUAAGGGAGAGCAUCCCUGACCGGGUGUCUCUCCUGGUGGGUUCGAAAGUGAAAGAGACUCUACACUAG